AUGAACCUGUCCGCGUGGUGCUGUCCGCGUCUGGUCAUGCAGGAGAACCCAUUCCAUCAGCGAGUCGCAGACCUCAGGGCAAGCACCUCGGCCCUCACUGCCUCAACAAACCAAGAGAAUUUUGCCGACCCACAAGCUGGGGAAUGCUCAGCCGACUCUGUCGCUGCGCAGCUGGCCGCUCUGAGCGGUCUUCCUGACUAUAUCCGCAAGCUCGAACGAAGGGACCGUGCGGCGCAAAGGAGCCUGAAAAACAAGACGCAGAAGAUUGGCCAGCUGGAGGAAGAGGUGCACUUGCGAGACAACCAUAUCCGUACAUUAGAGGCCACCGUCGCGCAGUUGCAGGCCCGCCAGAAAUGA